AGUAAUCCCAACCUCCUCUGAAUUUAUUGGGAAUGCUUUUUUAUCAACCGAGCACAAGAGACCAGCACAAGGGGAAGGCUUUUUAAGAACUUAAAUACUGGACAUAUUUAGCCGACGUAUUUAACAUCACCGAAAAGGACUUCUUGCCACAACCGAGGGCGUCCGUCUCUUGCCUCCUAAAUGACUUGCAUGGUGUUGCUGUAGCGCAGAGGAACUCCACCUUCGGGAUCUGCAGACAGUAACUCGGCCAGCGGACCACCAUGUCUCGCUCACAGCCCACCUGGAGCCCCGUCUGGCUCACCUGUGUCCUCGUGGGCCUUGCGGCUGUACACACUCUCGCCAAAGAAGUCCCUGCCGUACCCCAGCAGGUGGACGUGUCCCCUGACAAGUCCACACAGCAACUGUCCAUAUCCUGGCUGGGAGGAGCGGCGGCAACCUUUGACCUCUUGAUUCUGAGAACUGAAUUGAAUGAAACGGUCUUCUACGAGACGGUGUCGGUGUCGGUGAACCAGGCGAGCGGACGGCACCAGUGGACCUGGACCUCAGUCGAACCCCUUGAGUGCACGUCGCUGUCCGUCAGGAUUCGCUCGAGAGACGGACAGACGACGAGUGACUGGAGCAGCACUGAGACACUAGAAAGUGAUAUCCCGAGCAAUGCGAUCUACAUGUUCCCCCAGGACCGAGUCGUCCCCGUGGGGAGCAACACCACCUUCUGCUGCAUUGUGGAGAAAGGGAAGCAGUUGCGUACCAUCAAGUACGACAGCACGGUCAUGCACCCGACCCCACUGAGCAGUCGGAGUUACUCCGUUACGGCUGUGAACCAGACGCUGUCCAACAGAGCGGGAUCCAACGUCGUGUGUCGCGACACGCCGGAGGCUAAAAUGAACGGAGCCGUGGUGUUUGUCGGAUAUCCGCCCCGGCCCAGUGAUUUGGUGUGCGAGACGCAUGACUUAACCUCAGCCGUGUGCCGGUGGAAGGGAGGACGAGACACGAACCUGUACGGCAAGCGAGGAACGAAGUACAUGCUGAACAACAGGCAAUGUAUCGCGAGCAGCACGGAGGACAAGCUUGAAGGGUGCAGUGAAACCUGGUGGGAGGGGAACUGGACCCUGGUAGCUAAGAAUCCUCUCGGCCAGCACGUCCUCACCGACGCUGCUGAGCUCAUUCACAGAGUGCGUCCAACAGCACCAGAGAACCCGACGUCCGUUGUCACUUCCUGGAACGCCACUGUGCGCUGGGGUUGGAAGUACGACGUCUAUUCCUCUCUGGCCCUCGUCUGCCAGGCAGAGCUCACGCCCAAAGGCGACCCAGCCAAGCCUUCCCAGCACACCUUCUCCGGUUUGGGCCUGCGGUCGGUGACGCUGUUGGACCUGUACCCCGAUGAGGAGUACGGCGUUCGGGUUCGCUGCGGUGCACAGCACAAUUUCUGGAAGUGGGGAAACUGGAGCGAGACGAUUUCCUUCAGAACCAACACUUAUGCUCCAGAUGCUCUUGAUGUGUGGAUGUGGAUGAACAAAAACUACCCCGCACAGGUCCUUUGGAAGCCUCUGACACCAAGACAAAGCCAUGGUCCGAUCACAGAUUAUGAAGUUACUCUGUGGAGCUCCGAGGAAAAUCUACAGCGCACAGCACACAUUCCCCCGGAUACUUCUGCUGAACUAGUCAACCUCACGCAGAUCACGACCCUCGGCAGCGACAAGAUCACGGCCACCGUCGUUGCGAGGAACACCGGUGGGGAGUCUCAACCUGCAAGUGUUCAUAUACCACUACGUCUGACAGACGUGGAACCCCGUUCCGUGUCCAGGGUCUUCUAUACAGACGGGGGCUUCCCGCUGUCCUGGGAGCGCGACGACAACGCCACCGGUGCCUAUGUGGUAGAUUGGUACAAUGCCGUGUGCAGCUCGUUGAAAAACUGCCCUGUGGGCUGGAUCAAGUUGGCCGCCGGAAACACUUCAGUCUCCGUUGAGUCAGCCGACUUCCGGCCGGGUGUGAUGUACAACAUCUCCCUGUACAGCAGCACCUCCGAGGCCCCGGAGCUGCUGCAGCGCUGGCAGGGAUACAUCCAGGAGCUGGUGCCGUCCAGUUCUGUCUCCCUGUCGACAACCCAGCAGGACGCUGACAUUCUCCUGGCCUGGGGAGAGAUCCCGCUGGCCAACAGAAGAGGCUUCCUGCUGGGCUACAACGUCUACAUCAAUAAUGGCACCCAGCUCACGCUUCUCGCCAAUCUGUCUGACCCGGGAAGCAGGAAUUACACAGUAAAAGGCCUCUCCGAAGGCUCCUAUAAGUUUACCAUCAAGGCCUACACCUCAGCAGGAGAGGACACGGGCGCCACCGCCUCCAUAAUGCUGGAGCCAUACGCUGAUUGGCUGAUACUUGAAAUCUUUGCUUCCCUGGGAAUCACAUCCGCGUUCCUGCUUAUCGGCACCAUCUUCUGCUAUAAGAAAAGGAAAUGGGUGAAAAAGGCUUUCUAUCCAGACAUACCCGAGCCCAAGCUGCCCGGGGACUGGUCCCGGCCACAGGGGCCGCUGGAUGUGAAGCCCUCCCCCCACAGUUUGGUCCACAUGGUGGAAAAGCCCGAGUGGGAUUCGAGCAAAGAGACGCUCGUCGUCAUUCCCGAAGAGGACGAGGACGAAGAGCGGCUGGGAGACGACACCGACGAGCCGGCUUCGCUGCGCUACUACAACCACGUGGUGGACGAGCGGCCCAUAAGACCCCGUUUCCCAGACUCCUCGGCUUCCUCCGCGUCCUCUAUGGACUCAGCGCGCACCGACGUGACAUACACGGGGAUCCAGACGUCGGGGUCUUCCUUGGUCUUCCAGCCGGAUCCGGAGGGCUCUUCCGAGGUCCACCAACCACCGGCUCAUCCGUCCUUCUGCACAGGCGAGGGAGGAGGUGGAGGUGGAGGUGGUUAUCGGCCCCAGAUGCAAUCCAGAGCCCAGAAUGACGACAUGGGACUAGCUUCCCCGGAGCCUUCGUUCGAACCCCAGGCUGCCAGUGCCGGAGGCUACAAACCCCAGAGCUCCUGGCAUUUUGACUCCCUCGAGGAGGCCGGGGAGAGUCAAAAUGGCCUGGCCCCCUCUCUCGGGUCCCCCACCUCGAUCGCGUCCACUCAGUUCCUCCUCCCUGACGGGGACGAACAGGCAGACGAGAGGCGGCAGCCGGCGGCUGCGGCCGCGGCUUGGUUCACCAACCUGCUGUCAUCCACCAAACCAUGAGGUCAUCUGUUGUCCACCACUACCAGUCAGGCCAGGAGGGGAGGGAGGGGAGGGCGGGAGGAGGACAGCGGGGGAGGGUAGCUAGAAACCUUCUGAUUCCUUGCUGUUACCAGUGCCGUGCAUCAAACAAGCCUCAGCCACAGUCUUGUUAAACCCCCCCACACUUAGCUAGCACUACUAUUCGUACAGUUGUACUUUAGAAGCAGCUUAAUAGCAGCUAAUGAAGGUGCUUAUUCCAAACAUAUGGAAUGUAGUUGAUUUUAUCCAUUGUGCAAAUUUCACAAAUCACACCCUGUGUAUUUCUAUAUCAAAGCAUUUCUGUUGCUCACAACAAAUCUCGUUCUCCGUACCUCUUAUCCAACCACAUUUCUCGGACCCCCGGGGGCUGUCGCGUCCCCUGACUCCCCAUGAUAGGCACUACGCAUGUUUUCAACCCUAAUGACGGAACUAUAAAAGUAAGGGACGGUUUUUAAUUUUUGGAUCGACACUUACGAGCAGUCUACAGUACCAAUGUCUUCUGAUGGUCCUCUGUCAGGAUUACCUCGCCUGUUUCAUGACAGCUGAUGAGCUACUGAAAGGACAAAGAUGGGUUUAAAGAGUAUAGGUGGCGCUCUCGUGAAUCAAAACCAAAGUCGCUCCUAUCGCUACGGACAUGAUCUAUUUUUCACACACCACUGAUGAACAGUGGGAUAUCAAUUGAAAGGUGUAUUUGUGAAUAAGAGCAGUGAGUAUUUUACAGACACUGGAGUGGUGCUGUCUGGAAUUGUGUGUGGGGGCGGGGGGGGGUGAGCCCGAGUGGAUAAUUACACUGAUAUAAGCUUGACCAUGAAUAUAAACUUGUUUUUUUUAAAUGUUUUUUUUUUUUCUUUCCUGUUGAGAAAUACACAACCAGGCCAGUGAUUUAUUUCUAUUGUUGUAGCUCUGUGUCGCGCGUCGUCCUCCAGUUGGGAUUUGGUAUUAAACAGUAAUUCUCCUAGAUGAGUAAUUAAAGUGUCAGAUUGCCUCGAUAAAUGCUUCCAGACAUUCGCACCAUGUCACCGUUCACACGCGGCCUUGCUCCUAAAUGUUUAUAUGUAAUGGGAAAAAAAAAAGAAUAUCUUACAAUAAUAUAGUUCAGAAGUGUAUUUUAUUGGAAUGGCACUAAGCUUUAUGUACAAAGGGUGUCAGUUUUAAUCCAUUUUAGCAGGCGCAGAAAUGUCUAAACGUUGGUUACAUUAACUUUUUGUGUUUGUGAAAACAUGUUUUUCUUUGGUCGCUCUUUCUCUAAACUCUGAGGUGGCAGAUAAUACACUUGAUGUUGAUUUGCUAUGCUUGAGUGCUUUUUUAGCGAGAUCACGUUUCAUUUUCUUUUGGAGGGAGGGAAUGUCAUUUAAUUGCACAUUUUCUCCUAAAGCCUCCUUGUCUUUUCUUGUGACUGGAAGAAAGGGACAACUUGGAACUUUUUAUGACCAGUAAAGUUUAUUUUGUUUGAAUUGGACAUAAACGUGUAGGAAUUAUCUUGUGAAUAUUGGUCGCUUGACAGCACUUUGGCACCUCCGUGACGGUGCAGAACACAGGCCACUAAUGGCCAAAGUAGACUAACCACACUUCCUUUGCCCUCCACUCGUGGGCACGUUGCGGCUGUUAAAGAUGCCCCAUUGGCUCUGCUUCCCUAAAGCAUUAUUAUGCAGAGAUCAACCCUUAUGUGCCAGCGGUAACCAGGAUGUUUAUUUUCUGCAUUUCAGAGGCAGGCGCCUGCCGACCUACGUGGCAGCCUUUGGUUUUAUUGUUUGUCAGUGCCUUCAGACAGGAGGCUUCAAGUAAAAACUACUGUGACGGGAAUGUUUAUUAAGACUUUCUUUAAUGGAUGGUUCCACUGAUGAACUGAUGACAGGCGGGUGGUCCUCUUUGUUUUGUGUUACUGAUCUGGAGAGAUUAAUGGGGGGGAAAGGAUUGAAAGAAUGAGGCACUUUCCUGAGUGAACCAACCAGCUGCAGUGGGAGAUCAGUGAAGGCUGCAUCCAUUUCUGAGAGUUCAAAUAUGGCCACGGAUGGUUUUUCUUUGGAGUUUGCUUCCUCAAACCAGCACGGCUUUGGGGAGUAACCUACGAACGCUAUGUGUUACAUGCAUUUUAUGUUGAUUUGGAUCAAAUUAUAUUCCCCGUGCUGCAAUGUUGCCCGCCCGGCUUCCCUUUUAGAGAACGGAGGCGAACGCUUGUGUUUGCAGCACCAGAUGCAUUGAGUCCUGCAAAUUGUAGAGGUGUCAGCUUUUGACUGUAUUGUUGCUAUGUGCUGAAACACAUUUAAACUUUUUGAAGUGUGUCUGAAAAAUUGGGAAAUUGAAUUGUGGUCCUGUCCUUAAAAGAGUUCAGUCUGCUUCGCAUCUUUAUCUCAUUACUGCAGCGUUGCUCAGCCAGACACAUUAUAAGUGGGGGUAAAGUAAUCACCACGCAGGCUCCAACGUGGAGACCGCUGACAUACAAUUACCCGUACGUUUUGUUUUUUAGAAAAUUGGAAUGACUAUUUACUGUGUAGAUCAUAACAAUUCUGUGCUUUAUACACAGCGCACACAUCUUCAUCUCUGGCCUUAGAUGUUUUUCGUCGAUGCAUGUCGUUAUAAAGUACUACUUAGAGAACAGCGCCUCGUGAAUCUUUCAAACUCCUUGUUUAAGUUACUCUAUAGCAUUAAAAGACUCACAAUGUUUAUGGCAACAUGAAUUAUUAACUGAAUUAUUGUGCACCUGAGGAUUUAUUUUUCUCAAAAUUGCUUUAAAUUCCGUCACAUUUUGCAGAAUAUUUUACUAUUGAUUGAAUUAUAGUGACAUGCUUCUGAGUCCAUAUGUGAAUGUUAACACUAAUAACACAAAUGUAAUGCAACUUGUUUUUGUGUUAAUAAAGUUAUCUGUCUGACCAUU